AUGGAUGAAAAAGUUGAAAAAUUUGAUUCACCUUCUAUAAUUUUGGUCGGAAGAGAAGGCAUGUUAGCUAAACUGUUUAAAGUAUAUUCUACGUUAUUAAUUUCAUAUAAUUUAUUAGGUGUAGGAAAAAGUACUCUCGGGAAUAUGUUAUUAAAAGCAUGCAAUUAUGAAAAUUUUUUUGAUCCGUAUCAUGGAGCCUAUGAUGGAGAUGGUGAACAAGAAUUCGUUUUAGUGGAUACACCAGGGUUUACAAAUGAAAAAACUAGUUCAAAUAGAACAUGGUUAGAAAUUAAUAAAGCUAUUGAUAAUUCAUAUGAACAUGGAGUUCAUGCUUUUCUUUUUCGUUUUCCAGCAGAUAGAAAGUCUCAUUUAGAUGAAUGCAUGAAAAAAUUAAAUAAUGAAAAUGUAAUCAUAGUAUUUACAAAAUGUGAUAAAGAACAAACUGAAAAUUCUGAAAUAAUGAAAUCUUCUUUUGCUGAUUUUGUUGAAAAAUAUAUCAAUAAAAUUGAUAAUCGAUGGGUUGUCGCACCAAAUCAUGAUAUUUUUAAAGAAUCUAGUGAUGUAACCACUAAAAAUAUGAACGAUUUAGCGAAGAAGAUUUCCGAAAUUAAAAAUCCUUGGAAAAGGAGUAAACAACUGGAUUCAUGGCAUAUGAAGAUUUCUGAAAUUAAAAAUCCAUGGCAUAUUUGUCUUGUUGUUGGUUUGAUCUUCUUGAUUUUGACGAUUUCGUUUAAAAAAAAAACCGAUAAAUUUGAUUUACUAGUAGUUGAACCAGCAAUCGUUUUACUAGGGGAAACUGGUUCGGGGAAAAGCACAUUUGGAAAUUAUUUGGGAAACGGUUCUUGCAAGUUUACUGCCAAAAAAAGUAAAGCUCCUGUCACCAAAAAUUGCGAAAAAUGUCCGAUUAUUAUUGGAGAUCAUACUUACAAUCUUAUUGACACUCCUGGAUUAAACGAUCCAAAUUCAAUUAAAAAAAUAAACGAAUCAAUCCACAUCAAAUUUGAAAUAAAAGAAAUUACAGCGAUUAUUUUUGUUAUCAAAGCAAUCAAAUUAUUUGAUAAUCAAGCUAUUAAUAAUAAAAUGAUGGUGCUUACUAAUCUUGACGGAGAACAAAUAAAAGAAUUUACUGGAGGUGAUAAAAAAUCAAUUGAACGACUUUGGGAUAUAACUGUCAAUACAACAAAAUUGUUGAAAUAUGUUAAUUACAAUUGGGCUAUCUUUCCAAACCCACAAUUUAAUGAAGAGAUUAUUGUCGAAAGCAUGAAAAACGUUAUGGUUGAUUCAACUUCAGAUAAAAAUGUUGAAAAAUCCGAUUCAACUUCAGAUAAAAAUGUUGAAAAAUCUGAUUCAUCUUCAGAUAAAAAUGUUGAAAUUUUUUAUUUACCUUCUAUAAUUUUGGUCGGAAGAGAAGGCAAGUUAGCUAAACUGUUUAAACUAUAUUCUACGUUAUUAAUUUCAUAUAUUUUAUUAGGUUCAGGAAAAAGUACUGUCGGGAAUAUGCUAUUAAAAGCAUGCAAUUAUGAAACUUUUUUUACACCGUAUCAUGGAGCCUAUGAUGGAGAUGGUGAACAAGAAUUCGUUUUAGUGGAUACACCGGGGUUUACAAAUGAAAAAACCAGUUCAAAUAGAACAUGGUUAGAAAUUAAUAAAGCUAUUGAUAAUUCAUAUGAACAUGGAGUUCGUGCUUUUCUUUUUGUACUUGAAGCUACAGCAGAUAAAAGUUUUCAUUUAGAUGAAUGCAUGAAAGAUUUAAAUAAUGAAAAUGUUAUCGUAGUAUUUACAAAAUGUUCUAAAGAACAAACUGAAAGUUCUGAAAAAAUGGAAUCUUCUUUUCCUGAUAUUGUUAAAGAAUUUGUCAAAGAAAUUGAUAAUCGAUGGGUUGUCGCACCAAAUCAUGAUAUUUUUAAAGAAUCUAGUGAUGAUGUAAUUACUAAUAAUAUGAACGUUUUAGCGAAGAUGAUUUCCGAAAUUAAAAAUCCUUGGAAAAGGAGUAAACAACUGAAUUCAUGGCAUAUGAUGAUUUCCGAAAUUAAAAAUCCAUGGCAUAUUUGUCUUGUUGUUGGUUUGAUCUUUUUGAUUUUGACGACGUUUCCAUUUAAUAAUAAUACCAAAAAAUUUGAAUCACCAGAAGUUGAACCAGCAAUCGUUUUACUAGGGGAAACUGGUUCGGGUAAAAGCGCAUUGGGAAACUAUUUGGGAAAUGGAUCUUGCAAGUUUAUCGUCAAAAAAAGUAGAUCUCCUGUCACCAAAAAUUGCGAAAAAUGCUCGAUUAUUAUCGGAGGUCAUACUUACAAUCUUAUUGACACUCCCGGAUUAAACGAUCCUAAUUCAAUUAAAAAAAUCAAUGAACCAAUCCGCAGCAAAUUUGAAAUAAAAGAGAUUAAAGUGAUUAUUUUUGUUAUCAAUCCAUUCCAAUUUGAAAGUUUCAACAAAACAUUAGAAGUAAUCAAAUUAUUUGAUGUCCAAGUUAUUAAUAACAAAAUGGCGGUGCUUACUAAACUUGAUAGAGAACUAAUAGAAGAAUUUACCAGAGGGGAUAAAAAAUCGAUCAAACAUCGUCAAGAAAUAACUACCAAUACGAUAGACUUGUUGAAACAUAUUAAUUAUAAUUGGGCUAUCUUUCCGAACCCGGAAUAUAAAAAAGAGAUUAUAGGCGAAAACAUGAAAGAAAUAGAAAAAAUGAUAGGAACUUUUAUUAAAAUUAAA